CAUCCGCUUCACGUGACCACACAUUGACACGAAAACAUGGCGGACGUGGAAGCAACGAAGUCUUUGAGCGGACUGUUAAGCGGAAUAGCCCAGAAAGUGUAUUAUAACAACGGCGACAUCACGGAGGAGCUGCUGAAAAGUGAGUUAUACCCGGAGCUGUCGCAGGAGCAGUUCAAGGCCCUGCAUGAGAAAAUGAAAGGCCUCCUAAAGUCCAUCGCCACAGCAGACAUGGACCCCGCCCAGCUGGAGGCCUUCCUCACAGCCCAGACCAGGAGGCAGGGCAGCGGCGGGGUGACCGCCGAGCAGGCCGCCGCCCUCUCUCGCUUCUGGAGGAGCCAGCGAGUCCGAGUGAGGGAGAGCUUGCUGGCUCAGAGCCGCUGGGAGCCCGGCCUCAGGGGCCUCUCCUGGAGGGUGGACCUCCAGACGGCAGCCAGCCGGGGGGACACAGCCCACAGCGGCCCGGUGGCCCUGAUGGAGCUGGAGCUGGGCAGAGCCGGACAGGACUCCGAGUUUGUGUGUCUGGAGUUCGAUGAAGCCAAAGUGAACCAGGUGCUGAAGAAGAUGGCUGAUAUCCAGGAGAGCAUUGACAGAAUCGUUCACCGCACUUAGAGACCCUGUGUGUGUGUGUGUGUGUGUGUGUGUGUGUGUGUGUGUGUGUG